AAUACUGUGCUAAGGAGGUGGAACCAUCUUAGUAACUGACAUCCGGUCAACAACAUGCUUGUUCUUCGAGCAUCCUUCAUCCUCCUCCUUCUCUGCCAGCCCCCAGGGCAAGCAACCUCUGAAGCCCCAAAGGAACUGGUUGGCGACCUUGGUGGGUCUGUGACUUUCCCUCUGAAGCUCCCAGAAAUUCAAAUUGACAGUAUUUUCUGGACAUUCAACACAACCCCCCUCGUCACCAUAGAGCCAAAAACACCAAACAGACAAGCUAAUGUCAUAGUGACUCACAGUCAUAACAAGGAAAGGGUGAAGUUCCCACAAGGAAGCUACUCCCUGGAACUCAGCAAACUGAAUAAGAAUGACUCCGGUGACUACCGUAUGGUGAUAUACAGCUCUUCCCUCAAAGAGCCCCUCAACCAGGUGUACAGGCUGCGUGUCUAUGAGCACCUAUCAAAACCGAAAGUUACCAUGGGUCUGCUGAACAAUAAGAAUGGCACCUGUGUGACCAAUUUGACAUGCUUCGUGGACCAGGGAGGAGAGGAAGUGACCUACAGCUGGGAAUCCCUGGGGCAGGCAUCCAACGAAUCCCAUAAUGGCUCCAUCCUCCCCGUAUCUUGGCGGCUGGGAGAGAGGGACAUGAGCUUCAUCUGUGUGGUCAGGAACCCCAUCAGCAGCAACUCUUCAAACCCUGUCUUUGCCUGGAAGCUUUGUGAAGGUGCUGCUGCUGACUCAGAAUCCUCCACGAUCCUGGCCUUCCUGGGGGUGUCGCUGCUGAUCUUUGCCUUUGCACUGAUGCCAGCUAUUUUGAUUAAGUGGAGAGAAAAAAGGAAAGUUUCAGAGUCCAUUGAAGAGAGGAAGGGAAUGGACACUCAUCAGGAAAUUCCUAACUACUACUCCACAUCUGGAGAGACCUCAGUUUACGACAUGAUUACUUGCGUUAAUAAAACUAUUCCAGAGGAAGAUCCAGAAAAAACACUUUAUUUCUCAGUGCAAAUACCGCAAAAGGAAACUAUUUCAGAGGAAAAUGCAGAAAAAACACUUUAUUCCUCAGUGCAAAUACCUCAAAUGAUGGAGAAGCCCCACUCUGCGCCCACAUCACCAGACACACCGACAUUAUUUACACAUGAAAUUAUCAACUAAACAGCAGUGCAUCACCUCUGCCUCAUGAAGAUGGCACUGAAGGUGAAAAAGGAAGCCCCUGCCCCUCCCAAAGCUGAAGCCAAAGCAAAGGCUUUGAAGGCCAAGAAAGCAGUGCUGAAAGGCUCCCAGGGUCAUAAAGAAGAAGAACAAGAAGAAGAAGGAGGAGGAGGAGGAGGAGGACGAGGACGAGGAGAAGAAGAAGAAGAAGAAGAUCCACAUGUCACCUACAUUCUGAUGGCCCAAGACUCCAAAGGCAGCCCAAGUAUCCUUGAAAGAGCACCCCCCAAGAGAAACAAGCUUGACCACUAUGCCAUCAUCAAGUUUCCUCUGACUAUCGAGUCAGCCAUGAAAAAGAAGAAAAUAGAAGACAAACACAGAUGUUGAGGCCAACAAACACCAGAUCAAACAGGCUGUGAAGAAGCUCUAUGACAUUGGCAUGGCCAAGGCCAACACUCUGGUCAGGCCUAAUGGAGAAAAGAAAGCAUAUGGUCGGCUGACUCCUGACUAUGAUGCUUUGGAUGUUGCCAACAAAAUUGGGAUCAUCUAAACUGAGUCCAGCUGGCUAAAUCCAAAUAUAAAUUUUUUCACCAUUAAAAAAUAAAAGAAAAUAGUAAAAAGAAAAAAAAAUCACUAACUUGACCAGAAAUAUCAAGGAAGAAUGAAUCACUGACUUCCUGCCAGAGUGACUAUCUUCAGAUUUGAGAUCCUUCAGAUUUGAGUUCCUAAUUCCAUCCACUCCUGAAAAAUCUCUUCAAACCAUGAAUAUGUAACCAUCCUUCCUGGAAAUGUGAUGGUGAGUUUAUCAGCCAACUCCAAGCAAGGGGCUUAGAAGUAUCUCCACUGAAAUGCAAAUGCAGUGUCCAUCAUAAGAAUGACAGCUCCCAUUUUAGGGCUUGGAGGUCAGGAGUAGACCUAGAGUCUGCCAGCCAAAAGGGCAAGAAGAUAGGAACGGCAGGCAUUUCCAGAAGAAGCAGAUGUAGUAGCCAGAAAUGGAUUCAUUAACCAACUCAUUAACUAUGUUCCUGGCACUGUGCUGAACUUACACUGAUUUGGGUCAGGUGUGCUCUCUGCCCUUAUGAAAUUGGCUCCUCAUGAAUGACUUCCGUGGGCAUUAGCAGCAGAUCUGACCACAAAUUCCCAGUAACCAGAGCGUCAAGUGUGGAUCCACAGGACCUGGGGGUUAAAGUACAUAAGGACUGAGAAGCCAGGCAGAAGACUGGGUUUGGUUGGAUGGAAAUUCUAAAGUGUGCCUGGACUGAGGGCAAGGACUACUGCCUCAGCUUCAUUUACACUCUGCUGUGAGUGAGAAGGUUGGGCCUUAGUACUAUACAAAAGCCCAUCUCAAUGGAGAAACUGAACCUGAAGACACAUUUUGAAUCUAUUAUAAAAGAUGCGGAACUAGAGGUGAUCAUGUAUAAAUAUUUAAAGUUGCAUAAUUAAUUCAACUAAUAUUUAUUGAGAAUCUCUGCCAGGUCAAUCUGGCAAA